GUUUCAGUUAGCAUGCCUAUGCCAUGAAUCGUCGAAAACCCUAGUGUAGUAGCUCCAAUUCCAAACAUAUAUAAAGAACGGAAUUGAAGUGCCGAAGCGAGGUGUAGCAGAGAGGAAGACGAAGGCGGAAGGGCAAGAUGUCGAAGCGAGGGAGGGGUGGAAGCGCCGGAAACAAGUUCAGGAUGUCCCUCGGUCUGCCGGUGGCGGCGACGGUGAACUGUGCCGACAACACCGGUGCGAAGAAUCUCUACAUCAUCUCCGUGAAGGGAAUCAAGGGAAGACUCAACCGAUUGCCGUCGGCUUGCGUUGGGGAUAUGGUGAUGGCCACGGUGAAGAAGGGGAAGCCGGAGCUGAGGAAGAAGGUCAUGCCUGCCGUCAUUGUCAGGCAGCGGAAGCCCUGGCGCAGAAAGGAUGGUGUGUUCAUGUACUUCGAAGAUAAUGCUGGAGUGAUUGUGAACCCCAAAGGAGAAAUGAAGGGAUCUGCUAUUACUGGGCCAAUUGGAAAGGAAUGUGCUGAUCUAUGGCCGAGAAUUGCUAGUGCUGCCAAUGCCAUUGUCUGAGUUGUAUCGAUAUUAGGCCACCACUAUAUUUAUUUGUGUUUGCUGGUAGACAGAGAUGAGGAAGUAUAAAAAUAGUACCAUUAUGUCAUGUUAUCUAAGAUACCACUCGUGUUAUAGUUGUGUUGACUUUUGGAAUCAAUUUUGUCUGAUCUCUUGUUAGAUUUUACAGUAGCCUUGUAUUCACAGCAGGCUGAUGGCUGUAGAAGAGAGUACUGUGAAAACUGAAAAUGAUUCCUUGUAGACUCAUGAUCACUGCCAUGAAUGCUAGAAGCUGAUCUUUACAAAUUCCAAUAAAUAAGAUACAAAUGCACAACAUGAGCUGCGAUGUAUGUCUCGUGUGAACGAACGGAAUGGUUCAUGGCAAGUUAUUGACUAGAGUACAACAGGGGAGUUGCAGUAGCAGAUGUUGCAGUCUGCUUCUGUA